AUGGCGUUCAAUCUGCUCUUGGCGGAGGUGGAGCAGCAGCGCAACGACCGCGCGUGGGAGCGGCGGUACGUGCGCCCGCACGGCGCGCGGAAGCUGUUUCGCGUGCACUCCGACGAUCCGCGGAAGCACCACCUGCACGGGGAAGGCGUGGGCGUGGGGGACGAGGAGGCGGACGACGGGACGCUGGAGGGGAGCGAGCUGGCGGAGUUUGAGGAGGAGCGCGCGCGGUACAGGGACGAGGAGGAUGACGAGAUACGACUUGAGGCACGACGACUUGAACCUCUCCUCUCCUACCGCCUCGCCCUCCUCUUCCCUCUCCUCGACUCCUCGCCUCCUGACUGCCGUGUCAGCCAAUCAAAGCUCACCACAUGGCUGCUGGCAGUGGAGAGGGCGGCAAGCCUGCACCGCACGCGGCGGGAGAGGGAGGUGGUGGACGGCGAUGCGGACAGCAGGUUCACUCUGGACGAGGCGCUAGGAGACAAACUUCAAAGUCACUCACCCUCGACCCAAGAGUGCCGUGCACUUGCACAGUUUCUCCUCCUCAUUCUCACCUCCCAUUUCCACUCGCCCCCUUGCCCGCGCGCACCAAUGCACCACAAGACCGUGCUCCACGAGCUCAUGGCACAUGAGGGCGACAGUCACGACCCUGUGGAGGCGCUUGUCCACUUGCACGCCGCCCAGGCAGUUAAGGACAAAUGGAGCAACGACCACCGCCGCCCGCACCGCAAGGGCGGCGAGUUCCGGGAGGCUCUGGAGGAGAAGGAGAGGCAGGCGAGAGGCAGGUUCGAGGAGCUUGAUAAAGAUGGGGACGGGUGA